GGUAUACUGUUUGAAAGAGAGAGGUGAAAACACUAACCAUGAUGAACACUAUCAGCAGCUUUUUGAUAGCUGCUCUGUUAGCUGCUGCCAUGCAGCCCUCCAGCUCUUCUCGGGAGCUGAACAAGAAACUCAGGUACUCCGAAGAAUCCACCACCCCUGACAGCCAGGGCUGGCCUGGGUCUGCCUACAUUCCGGACCCUCGCUCAUUCUACAAACCUGGCAACAACUUGGGGGGCAACUAUGGUGGUGGUUAUGGUGGUGGAUAUGGUGGACCGAACGGGGGAUACAACAAGGGUGGUGGUGGUGGAUACGGUGGUGGAUAUGGUGGACCGAACGGGGGAUACAGCAAGGGUGGUGUUGUUAUUCCAAGUGUGGUGUGCUCGGAGCCAGGACCUUGUUACAAGAAAAGGUUGGCCUGCCCAGCAAAAUGCUUUAGCUACUACAGUAGGUCUGGGAGGAACUAUGGCGGUGGUGGAGGUGGUGGUGGCUGCACUAUUGAUUGUGAGAAGAACUGUGUGGCCUACUGUUAAGGCAUUUAUAAUUAUAAGCAUGCACUGAUAUUGUGCUGAUCCCAGAUGCUAUAAUUAACUUAUCUACUACUUGUGUGUUUGCUCUUAUGACACAGCUGUUUGUUCUCUCCCUCUGUUUCAUCUUCUAUUAUAUAUAUGAAUGAUCAUAUGAUGUUUUAAGCUAUACUUCUGUCUGUAGUUUCUAUUAAGCUGCAGACCUUGUGUCUUUCUUUCUUCUCUGCUUGUUUGAUGAGUAUCUUUAUCAUUUAUUGAA